AUGACCAGGAUCUACCUGGAUUUGUGUUUAGUGAUUGCAGUUAUAAGUGUUUUGGUGCCAACAACCUACGGAGAAAUGGGAUUUUGGGGAAAAUCCAGGCAAUUUGGACCCAUACAAGUCUCACCAAGAGAUGCAAGAUGGCUAUCCCUAUUCACUGUGGUUCAAUGGGGACAGGGACAGUGUGUAGCUCCUUCUGGUGAACUAGGAACUUGCUUUCCCGGCAAUGAGUGCCAACUUCGAGGUGGAAUCCCAGCAGCUCCAUGUGCUGGGGGAUACGGAAUGUGCUGUGUCUUUGUGGCAAGCUGCGGUGGUGUUAUAAAGGAGAAUGGAACGUAUUUUGUAAAUCCCAACCAUCCAGACACUUACGAUGGAACAGGAAGUUGUCAACUAACAAUCUACAAACUCCAUUUGGAUAUUUGUCAGAUUCGUCUGGACUUUGAUCAUUUUUCUCUGAUGGGUCCUGAGACUGUAAACCACGUUUGCAAUUCGGAUCAGUUCCUUGUUUCUGGAGGAAGUCCAGCUCCUACUAUUUGUGGAACUGCGAUAGGUGAUCAUAUGUACAUUGAUGCUGGAAUGGGUGUAAGCAAUCCAAUUAUACUUACGGUUAUAACAAGUGGAAAUAAUUAUGGAAGAGCCUGGAGAAUCAGGGUUACACAGAUUCCUUGUUCAAGUAUUUCAAAGGCUGAUCAAGGAUGCCUUCAGUAUCAUACUGGCGUCAAUGGACGAGUUAGAAGUUUCAACUUUGAACCCAUUAAUGGUCGGCAACUAUCUAACCAAGACUAUAGUAUCUGCAUUCGAAGUGAGAGAAAUUUCUGCGGUAUUCAGUACUCUGCCUGUCCUGACACCGCUAACAACCGCUCGAGGUCCUUCACUCUGACAGGAAAUUCAAAUACCAUAGUACCAGCAAUGGUGGGCAGUGGAACUCAGAAUAUUCCCAAUUCAUGUCCUAAUGACUGGCUAAUGAUAGGCUGUGCUAGAGUUGCUGAUCGAUUACCUGUCUCAUCUACUUGUGAGGAUCGUAUCUGCGGAGGAACUUUCAAUGCUGAAGUUAACAACGUCGAAAGGACUGUAACUUCAACUGUUCGUCCAUUCCGAUUAGCCUUCCACACGGACGCCACAGAGGCUCCUCAAGAUGUAGACAAUCGUGGUUUUUGUUUGGAUUUUGUGCAGCAGCCUUGCACCAAUGGUUGAAUUAUUAAAGAAUUUUAUAUUAGUUGUUCAAUUUGUAUUUAUUGUUUCAGAUUUGUUUUGAGUGGAAUUACCAUCGCAAAUAUAAUGCUUUCGCUAAA